UAUCCACGUCAGCAUCUCAUGAGUUAUGAAUGAUGGUAGUCAAUGUUCCAACACACUUUCCUCUCGAUCGUUGAAUCCACUUUCACACUUUCCAAUCAAUCGGUAACAAAAACCUUCAAUUUCUUCCAUUCCAACACUUCACCCGAUUACACUGUUGCAUCUGUAAUCAUCCCCUUUCCAAAUCACCAUUCUCAACCUCAAAUCCAACAACAUAUUCAUCCACAAAUGGAUCCACGAUUCGGUACCUCAAUCAACAGAAAUGGAGGAACUCAACUCAACAAUCAAAGUAUUCACAUGUUACCAGACCAAAAACCCAUUCACAAUCACUCGUUUCCGGUGAAUAUGUACCAAAACUCUCACAACUUUAGAGGCUUACAGUUUGACCCUCCGACUACUUCUUCAUCGCCGAUUGUUAGUUCGAGUACAGAGAACGAGCUUCACGAAGACUGUGAUCUUUCAGAUGCGAUUUUGGGGUAUAUUAGUCAGGUGCUUAUGGAAGAAGAUAUGGAGGAUAAAUCCUGUGUGCUUUAUGAAUCUUUGGAUCUUCAAGCUGCUGAGAAAUCAUUCUAUGAUGUUCUUGGUCAAAAGUAUCCUCCAUCACCAUCUUAUGAUGAAGGUUUGUUCUCCGUUGACCAGUUUAUUCAAAGCCCACAUGAUAGUUCUUCAUUAGACAACAACAACAAUAAUAAUAAUGAUAAUGCAUAUGCUGAUGAAUCUGAAACCUCUAAUGGUAUGUCGGUUAGUUCGACAAGCAAAUCGAAUAAUGUGAUUGAUUUGUUGGAUUCUCCUGAGGUUUGUGAUAAGGAUCAGAUGAUGUUGAAGUUCAACAUGGGCUUUGAAGAAGCUAAUAAGUUUCUUCCUGCUGAUACCAAUCUGUUGACCGAUUUUAACGCGACAGGAUCACGGGUGAGAAAGGGUACUUACGAAGGAGAUGAAGAUGAUCAGAGGAGUGUUAAACAGGCUGCUAUAUUUCAGGAUGCUACUGUGAGGUCGAAUGAGAUUGAUUUGAUUCUACUAUGUAGUAUGGGACAAGGUGAAGUGGCUUUACGGUUGCUUCGCAACAAGCUAAGGACCGAAACGGGUAAAGAUAUGCAUAAAGAUAAUCUUCCGAAAAGUUUAACGAAAGGCAGAGGGAAAACUCGUGGUAAAAAGCCGAAAAGUAAGAAAGAAGUGAUAGAUUUGAGAACGCUUUUAGUCACUUGUGCACAAGCGGUUGCUACUGAUGACAGAAGGAACGCGAGCGAGCUUUUGAAACAAAUUCGGCAACACGCCUCGCCUUUUGGUGAUGGGAAUCAGAGGCUAGCUCAUUGGUUUGCAAACGGGCUAGAGGCCCGCUUAGCUGGCACUGGUAGUCAGAUUCAUAGAGGUCUAGUCAGCAAGAAAGUAUCGGCUGCUGAUUACAUUAGAGCGUACUAUCUAUAUAUCGGUUGUUCUCCUUUUAGAAAGAUUUCAAAUUUUGCUUCAAACAGGACGAUAAUGGAUAUGGCACAACACGCCACAAGGAUACAUAUUAUUGAUUUUGGUAUUCUUUACGGUUUUCAGUGGCCCACGUUCAUUCAACGUAUUUCACAAAGAGAAGGUGGGCCACCACGGAUCCGGUUAACCGGGAUUGAGUUUCCACAACCAGGGUUCAGGCCAGCGGAAACAAUUGAAGAAACGGGUGUACGGUUAAAAGAGUACGCUAAGAAAUUCAAUGUGCAAUUUGAGUAUAAAUCGAUUGCAAAACGAUGGGAGAAUGUGAGUAUCGAGGAUCUAAAGAUUGAUGAAAAUGAGUUUUUGGUGGUUAAUUGUAUGUAUCGAUCAAAAAACGUGCUUGAUGAAACGGUAGGAGUGGACAGUGCGAGAAACGUUGUUCUUGAUUUGAUAAGGAAAACUAGCCCGAAUAUCUUUAUUCACGGGAUUCUUAACGGGUCGUAUAACGCCCCGUUUUUUCUAACCCGUUUCAAAGAAGCGCUUUUUCAUUUUUCAGCAUUAUUUGAUAUGCUUGAAACAAACGUACCCCGUGAACGAUCUGAACGAAAGCUGCUUGAAGGUGAAGUGUUUGGUAGAGAAGCGUUGAAUGUGAUAGCAUGUGAAGGGUGGGAGAGAAUCGAAAGACCGGAAACGUAUAAGCAGUGGCAUGUUCGUAAUUUAAGAGCAGGGUUUGUUUCGGUUCCAUUUUCUCGCGAGAUAAUUAAACUGGCAAAAGAGAAAGUUGGGUUGUAUCAUAAGGAUUUCAUGAUAGAUGUAGACAAUGACUGGCUUUUACAGGGAUGGAAAGGAAGAAUAAUUUAUGCUAUGUCUUGUUGGAAAGCUGCAUAAUUAUUUUCAAGUAAGAAUUUCAAUAUUAGUUGUUUUUAUUUCUAAGUUGACUCAAGAUUUAGGAGGUAUACACAAAUGAUUGUUGAGCUUUUUUCUAAAUUGUGAAUUGUGAUGACCUACUUUGAAUAACACUUAACUGUUUGUUCAUGACUUGUAGCGUGAAUUAUGAUACAUUUUUUUUA